AUGGUUGUGAUUAACCUCUCAGUCUCCACGACGGACGUGAUCGUGGAUGGCAAGGCUGCCGAACUCUCGCGCCAAGUGCCGAAACAUGCGUCCGAUCUGCAAUCGCUGUUCUGGGGCGUCUCGGCUCUCUUCGGUCUUGCGUCCUCGAGUUUGAAGGGUGCGCUCGUCGAAUGGUUUUCGCCGCAGAAAGUGCUUCUUAGCAUGACGGCAUGCUCGGUCAGCCUGCUUCUUCCCGCCCUCUGGGGGUGGAUGCCUGAAGAAAGAAUUCCGGAGCCUCGCUGCUGCAACGUGAAGCUGGACCAGUUUCGGAAGCACCCCUCCGUGUCCGCGGUUGCUGUGCUCAUGACUGUCGUUUCCACCUUUUUGUCGUCGUUCCAGGUGAUGAUUUCCAACACGCAUGCGCGAGCCAUCAUCACCCUGCUUUGCGCGGCUGUUGUUGCAGUGCAGUCUUACCGAGCAUUGAAGCAGAUCACGCCACAUCUCGGGAGGACGGCGCUCUUUAUCUUCCUCAGGCAGUGUUUGCAAGGCGGUCUCGGCGAAACGAUGUUCGUGUGGCUGACAAAGUACCCCGCAGGCCCACAGCUCAGCCCCUCGAAACUUGGUUUUGUGGACUGCUUCGGCUCUUUGGGCCUUCUGGUGGGGGUUUGCAUCUACAACAAGUAUAUGACCAGCUGGUCCUUCCGCCGAAUUUUCUUCACGGCUCAGCUGGCUUUCUUCUUUGCUCAGCUACUGGAGAUCGUCCUUGU